AAGUGGUAUCAUCCGUUCACGGCAAGUGAACGUCACAGGGCAGGGGCUGAACAUCCGGGAACUAUUGGUGUUCUACGUGCACGGGACAAAAUGGCGGCGCCCAUGAAAAAUAUGACCGGCUUCUGCGUUAUAUAACCGUUUGCGACGUUAUAAGAGAUGAUCUGAACAUUGAUCAACGUCAGAAGGUGUAAAGAUGGCCCAUUUGUCCAGGAUUAUUAGCAGACAAGUGCAGAUCUGUGGAAGAACAUUUGCUGGAGGUUUACCCAAACAGUGCAGAAACAGUCUCUGCAUUGCUACCUACAGUAGAGCUUUACAAAAAGGCCCUGCUAGUCCAACUGGCAGCUACAGACAAGCAGCACUGCUGCACAGCUCAUCACAACACCUGGCCAAAAAAGACACCCAGGAAAAUAAUGAUUCACGGGCCCUCGUUCUUCACAAGCAAAUAUUUGAAGACGUUCACCCUGAAAUCAGGACUAAAGCAAACUUCCUGAAGGUUCUGGACAACUUUACCAAAAGGGACAUCCGCAGGCGAGGCCAUGUGGAGUUUAUCUAUGCUGCACUGGCCAAGAUGAAGGACUUUGGGGUGCAUAAGGACUUGGAGGUGUACAACAAGAUAUUUGAUGUGUUCCCCAAGAAUGUGUUCGUGCCCACAAAUUUCAUCCAGUCACUGUACAACCACUACCCGAGGCAGCAGGAGACUGGUAUAGCCAUACUGGAGCAGAUGGAGUAUUAUGGUGUCAUGCCGAGCGCAGAUACCGCAGACUUGAUCAUCAGUGUCUUCGGUUUCCGUAGCCACCCCAUGAAGAAGUUCCGCCGUAUCCUGUACUGGUUCCCCAAGUUCAAGCACAUCAACCCUUACCCCUUACCCGACCCCCUCCCUGCCGACCCCGUGGACCUGGCCAGACUGGCACUCAAGAGGAUGGCUGAUGACAGGAAGGCUGAGUUUAAGGUCUAUCAGAGAGAGGAUGAUGAAACAGAGUCCAACGUUAAGACCUAUGUGACGAGCAUCCAGACAGUAGAGCAGCAGAAGAUGCUUGCCGAGCAUCCUAAGGACAUCCCAGUCUAUGUGGAGGGGAGUUUCCGGCUGUGGCUUAAAGACAAGCAGGUGUACUACCAUAUACUCAGGUCUGACCUACUGGAGGGAACAAAAGAUCAGGCAAUGAAGGAGAAAGAGUGGGUAGAAGACGAACUGACCAAAAAUGAUGAGGGGCGAAGAAGAUGGCUGGACCCUGUCGCUUUUGUGGAAAAUGUUCCUGAGGGUCCAGUGUUUGCCAUCUGCAUUACCGGCAGCAGCUGCCAGGAGUCUCUCAACACCUGGAUCAAGGGACUUCAGGAGGACAACCCUGCUCUGAAGCAAAUCCCUGUUGUCUUCAAACUUAGUUCAGCUUCAACACAACUGGCAGCAGUUCAAUAACAACAGAACCAACAUAUGUAGAAACUGUUUAAUUAGACUGAUGAAAAUUGCUGACUACAUGUGUUCAUGUGUUUCCUUUAGAUAGCAAAUGGAUUGAGAAAUGCAUACUACAAUGCCUUAACAUGAUGCAAAACAUGUUUGUGUAUCUUCUUAAGACAAUGCUAGACUUAGUACAAGAUUGUUAGUUUAGUUUUUAUCAGAGAGUAGCUUAUUUUAAUUCUUUCAUAACUUCUGUAAGGUGUGUUUACCACAAAGAAAGGUUAUAAAGAGCAGACAAAUGUACAGAUGUAAUUGCUUUUGUGAUAUCAUAGUUGAGAAUGUGAAAUGAAAAAAAAGUAUUUAAGUUCCAUCAUGAUAGACAGAGAGGCAAAGAGAAUUGUAAACAUUGUGAUAAACUGAAUUCUUUGCACCACAUGAGAUGAAAAUUGCUACAAGAAGAUCUACAUGUACAAUAAAUUCACAUUAUAAAGAUUUCCA